GACCGCUAAAUCGCUCCUUCUGUGCGCUUGUCAUUUGCUGCCUUAUCGAAAUUCAAAAAUCGGAUGAAUAAUAAAAACGAUGGGGAAAGCGUUAUGUAAAAAGGAGGGGCAUCUUAUCAAAUGGACAAAUUACGUCACAGGUUGGAAAGAACGAUACUUUUGCCUGCGGCGGUCAACCUUGUAUUAUUAUUCGAGUAAAAAGGAUAAAAAUUCUAAGGCAAGAGGAAAAAUUUCUUUGACCAGAGCGCAUAUUAUGGUUGAUUCAAAGGAUGAUUGCUUGAUAACAGUAAUAGGAGACUCGAAAAUGUAUUUUUUGAAAGCUCUUAAACCGGAAGAACGGGAUGAAUGGGUUAAAGUUUUAAAUUCUGUUUCUAAGGAAGGAGGGUUCAUCCCAGCAAUAAAAGAAAGUCAGCUGGAUUUCAUUGAAAAGCAAAUAUACGAAAUUCGCGCAUGUAAGAAGGCUCUCUUCCAGCACAUUAAGGAUUUGUCCUCACACCUUAAAGAAACUCAGCAAGAUCAGUUCAGCCUUUCUUCUGCUUUAUUAAUUAAAGAUACGGCCAAUAUACUUACAUUCAAUAUUGAGGGUUGUGCAAAGAUAAUCACAGAUGUCGUCCGUAGCGAGCGGUCCACUUGUGAAGAUUUAAAAAGCAUGGAGGCGGUGCUAAACGAGCCAAGUUACGAAAGCAGCACUUCUUCACAAGGUUUCUACGACGCUCAUACCGAUCAAUCCUUAGAACACUCAAGCCAGCAUGAUUUCUCCUCGCUCUCUGGCUGUUCUCAAAGCUCCAACGAGAGCAGUAGCAGCCCCGAGAAGAACAACUCGGACGGACAGAAGUCUGUUAUCCUUUCCAUUCUAUCCCAAUUGCGUAUGGGGAUGGACUUGACAAAGGUCACUUUGCCUACGUUCGUCUUGGAAAGGCGCUCAUUGUUAGAAAUGUACGCCGAUUUCAUGUGCCACCCUGACAUUUUUUCACGUACCCCCGAUGGCUCUUGCGCGAAGGAACGCAUGAUGAAUGUUGUCUACUGGUACCUGACCUGCUUUCAUGAGGGUCGAAAGAGUGGUGUUGCCAAAAAACCGUACAACCCUCUUCUCGGCGAAGUGUUCUUUUGCCGUUGGCCUCUAGGCGAAAAACUCGGCGAGUGCAGGUAUGUGGCCGAGCAGGUCUCGCACCACCCACCUGUUUCUGCCUUCUAUGCCGAAAGCAAAAAGAAAAGAGUAUACAUCAACUCCUAUAUUCACACCAAGUCUAAGUUCUUGGGGACGUCUGUGGGGGUCCAGAACAUUGGGCAAGCUAAGCUUUCUCUUUUGGACUUUGAAGAAGACUAUACUAUAACAUGGCCUAGUGCUUAUGCGAGAUCCAUACUAAGCGUUCCAUGGGUGGAACUCACAGGGAAGACGGUAAUACACUGCGAACAGUCGUCAUUUCAAGCUAAUAUAGAAUUUCUUUCAAAGCCCGUUUUUGGAGGGGCGCCCCACUGUAUUACUUGCUCCGUGCGAGAUGCAAAUAACCAGGAAAUUUGCAGCAUCGAAGGAAAAUGGAAUGACAAGCUUUACAUAACAGAUGCCUUUACAAAGAAAACAAACCUUUUUGCGGACACACAGAAUUUGAAGGUCAUUAAAAAACGAGUCAAACCGAUUUACAAACAAGGCGCAGACGAGUCAAGAAGGAGGUGGAAAAAUGUGAGUGAUGCCCUAAAAAGGGGGGACAUCGCCAAGGCUACUGAAGAAAAAAGCAAGCUCGAAAAAAUUCAGCGCGAGGAGGCCGAGGACAGGGAGAAAAAAAAUGUUAUUUGGGUUAACAAACACUUUCAAAAAAGCUCGCAUGGAGGUUGGCUUUACAUGACGCCGCUCUCUAAGGAAGACACAUAGCUGUAAAAUAUAAAGAAAAAACUGCCUUUUAUUAUAAAUCAGCAAAUGUACUCAACUUCCCGUAUAUACUCGCCUGUGUUACUCGAAAGUUAGAAGCUCACAGUGUGCACGGCUUGGCUUGGCACAAUCUCAAAAAUCGCAGAGGUACCCGGAUGUAACUGGUGGCUUCUCGCGCCAUCAAUCACCAAUCGGGCUUCAGAACGCGACUUUAUUAUAAUUUUAUGGGCGUAACCCUUGUGGACGUGCCCUCUGAAGAUCCCAGAAUUAAUUAGCUCUCGGACUCCGAAUUUCAUGCGGGGAUCGUCAGGGGGGUACACGAUCGACUCAUUGUACUCAUCAGUAAUGUCUCCUACGCUUAAAUGCGAGAGAUCAACGUUGGCUCUCCUCUCGACUAUUUUUAUAAGUUCUGAAACGUCGUCUUUCCAGAGUUUCUUGGUAUUAAAAAGCCACGCACUAGAGCCUGUCCCAGUGGAUACCAAAAAACCUGAGGAUUUCUGUUUUUCUUUAAUAUUUAUAAUCUGCCUGCCCGACCGAUCUCGCAAACCGCAGACCUCAAUUUCAUAAUAACAGGUCUUCGAGGGAUUAUUUUCCACAAAAAGAACAUCAUUCAAAGCCAAGUCGGGCAGAAUGCGCUUGUCGAUGUCCGAAUAGACGACAGUGAUUUGGAUGCGAUUUCGCUUAAGCCACUUGAACUGGCCAAUUAAAAGGCGCUGCACAACCUCUUCCAAUCCACGUGGCUUUCCAUCGCAGCUUGCGAAGCGUAAACAGAGGUGACCAGCGGAUCUUUCAGGAUCAGUAUUGAUUCCAAUAAUUGGAAUACGUGAGCCUCCCUUUACCUUUGAAGAGACUUCUAAGAAGGUGCCAUCACCUC